AUGUACGUCUACAGUACAGACUGCCGUUCUUCCUCUCACGAUGAUCAUGGGGCGACAGCUCUCGUCACACCGCCAGUCAGCAGGCAGGCCUCACAGCAUCACCCAGAAGCCCUAGAUGCUCAGGAGGGAGCCCUAGGGACUCCCCCUAGUGGAGCGCAGAGAAGGAGAAGUGAAUCCUUGGGUCACCUGACGAGAGAGGAGAGGCGACGAAGGCGGCGAGCCACACAGAAAUAUCGCCUCGCCCACGCAACGAGAGAACGCAUAAGGGUCGAGGCAUUCAAUGUAGCUUUUGCGGAACUUAGAAAAUUACUGCCCACCCUGCCCCCUGAUAAAAAACUUUCAAAAAUAGAAAUUCUUAGAUUAGCCAUAUGUUAUAUAGCUUAUUUAAAUGAUGUGUUGGAUGUGUAA